AAAACUUGUUUUGAUACAGCAGUAUUGUUCUCACAGUGGAAGAAGGAUGGUAUAUAAAGAGGGACAUGAUAGUUGGGCUUCAGUUUGGCUUUGGAUCUGAAGCAAUACUAAGCAAAGAAGAUGUUCCGUCUAUUGGUUGUUUCGUGCCUUGUGGCUUGCAGUCUGUCCCUUGAUGCCGCUCUCAACGGCGAAUGGGCAGCCUAUAAGACCUCAUACAACAAACUGUAUGAGCCAAGGGCUGAACUUCUUAGACGUCAGAUCUGGGAGAGCAACAUUGCCUACAUCCAGAGGCACAACCUGGAGGCUGACAGGGGAGUCCACACAUACACCCUCGGCAUGAACGAGUAUGGGGAUAUGACCAACCAGGAAUUCGUCGCGAUCAUGAACGGAUUGAACAUGACCGGCCCCAACCCCAAAUCACCAUGCAGCAAAUACAUGCCACCUUCCCACGUGAAGUUGACCGAUCUUCCCGACACCGUUGACUGGAGGAAGGAGGGAUACGUCACCGAGAUCAAGAACCAGGGACAAUGCGGAUCAUGCUGGUCUUUCUCCACCACCGGAUCCCUUGAGGGACAGAACUUCAAGAAGACCGGCACCCUGACCUCUCUGUCUGAGAAGAACCUGAUGGACUGCUCCCAGAAAGAGGGAAAUCACGGAUGCCAGGGAGGUCUGAUGGACUUUGCUUUCGCCUACGUUAUUUCCAACGACGGUAUUGAUACUGAGGAGUCCUACCCAUAUGAGCCAAAGAACGGCAAGUGCAAAUACAAUCCCGCCAAUGUCGGAGCCACGGAAAAGAGCUGCAUGGACAUCAAGGAGGGAUCUGAAGAUGACCUCAUGGCCGCCUCCGCCACCGUUGGACCCAUCUCCGUUGGUAUCGAUGCUAGCCACCCAUCCUUCCAGCUUUACAAGUCUGGAGUGUACAGUGAGAAGAGAUGCUCUUCCACCCGUCUCGACCACGGUGUUCUCGUUGUCGGCUAUGGCUCUGAAGGUUCCAAAGACUACUGGCUCGUGAAGAACAGCUGGGGCAAGAGCUGGGGACAGGAGGGAUACAUCAUGAUGUCAAGAAACAAGAAGAACCAAUGCGGUGUUGCCACCUCAGCCAGCUUCCCAACCAUGUAAUCUGAUUGGUCUAUAUCGAGUUUGAAUUCUCAAAGACAGAUUAUUAUUGAUUGAACACUGGUUUUCUCAUGAUCUGAGCUAACGUAUCAGUUAUUGUGAUAUUUAUCGUUUUUUGAAACUAUUUGCAAUAAAAGCUUACAAAUGCA